GACCGACUCAGUUAAAUCUUAUACCAGAACACUUAUUUUACUUCCUCCGCUAUAUAACUGUUACGGAAAUGAUUAAAUUGACAGUCAACAUACCUUACUACAACAUUUAAUUCUCUCGCUGCUCACUGCUGUGGCAUCUUUAAUUUACGAAUAGCAUACCUCUAGACGCAUCAAAGUGUUCGAUCUUGACAAUGUCUUACGAAGAACGACCAGCAAAGCGUGUGCGGGUUGACAAUUCUGGGAAUCGUGAGAGCGAGAUCAGAGUAGAUAAGGGUUUCUACUCGCCUCCCGUUGAAAACUCGAAUGCCCUAGGAACCGUUGGACAGGAAGUAUAUGAAUGUUGUUAUGGGAUGGUAAACAAGAAUUAAAACACCUUUAAGGCCCUUUCCAAAAAAUCCUAAUAGAAUAUAGUGUUAAACAACAUCGUCGUAAAGAAAUUAUGCAGUUCAGAGAUCCAUUCGAAUUUUAUACCUGUCAAAUUUCGUAGUCCUAAUCAUCUUUCCUCGGGUGAUGAUGAUCACUCAACUACCUUCGACAUAUCAGACUUUGCAGCGGCCCAAAUCCUAAAGGAUUUGGCAAGUGUUCCAGAGGUCACAACGCAGUUAUACUGCCAUUCACAGGUUGAAUUCAACCAUAGCGGACACAGUCGACAGAUGAGCAAACGUUCUGAUAAAUUGCGCGGACUGUGGUUUUUGAAUGUGAUUAUUUUUGGUCCAGAUCGUUUUGUUGAAAAGAUAGGGGAGUACUUAUCAAUCAGAAAGAUGUAUCUCCAAGACACACUAGGGUGUGAGCGGUGCGUCCCGUACCGCAAUCCUCAUGCUAUGACCCCAGACACAGAGGAAGUUGUAAUGACAGAUUUAUCCAUCUUGGCUCCCGGAUACCACGAUAUAGAGGAAUUAAAAUCCGGGCCAGAUCUUCUAGCGCAGUUAAUGGAAGGGGGGACUCCUUUGAGAGAGACCGAGGCACCAAAAAUUGUGGAGACUUCCUUAUUUAGGCAUCAAAAGCAAGCUCUGACUUUCAUGCUGCGUCGCGAAGAAGGUUGGAAUUUUGAUGAUACAGCUUCUGACAUAUGGAGUCUGCGAAGUGAUACUUCGGGGCGAUUAAGUUACGUAAAUAAUGUCACCGGAUGCAGCACUUGUGAAGCUCCUCCAGAAUUUCGAGGUGGCCUACUGGCAGAUGAUAUGGGACUGGGAAAGACGCUCUCCAUGAUAUCUUUAGUAGCUUCAAACCAAGCUUGCUUAGAUUAUGAAUUAAUGCAAGCUUAUCCUCGCUCUUUAGAAUUGAGCCCUUCAAAUACCUCAAAGGCUACACUACUUAUUGUGCCUCCAGCAUUGAUUCAAGUAUGGGAGCAUCAAUUUCGAUUACAUCUUGUACCGCGAGCACUAGCAUGCUAUAUCUACCACGGCCAUAACAAAAAGAGCAUAGACUUCCUCAGACAGUUCGAUGUUGUUAUCACAACAUACCACACUAUUGCGGCAAUUUGGAAGCAUCAUAGCGCUCAUCAAGAUGACGAAUCUUUAUAUUCUUUAACUUGGCAUCGCAUAGUUUUAGACGAAGCUCAUAUCAUCAAAAACCCUCAGAGCCAGCUAGCUCGAGCCUGUUGUGCUCUUAAAGCAACAAGACGAUGGGCGAUAACCGGAACUCCUAUUCAGAACAAACUUGUGGAUUUUGCUAGCAUUGUAAAGUUUCUGCGCGUUCAUCCUUAUUCCGAUACAAAAACCUUUGGAGAAGAGAUUACAACGCCAUUCAAGAAUUCUUCCUCUAUUGAUGCUAAAGGGUUUUUACGACUCAAAACACUUGUACGGGCCAUUACCAUCAGUCGUACGAAGACAGUCAUUGAACUUCCAUCACGGGUUGACGAGAUUCACCAUCUUCACUUUACCCCGGCUGAACGAGAGAAGUAUGAGGCUGAGAAAGUGCGAGCGAGAGUAUUAAUCGAGAGAGCAAUCUCGUCUGGGAACCAGAAUGGAAAAAUCUUCAAUGGGUUAUCAUUACUCAACCGCUUACGUCUGAUCUGCAAUCACGGUAUAUUACAGCUUACGUCUACUACAGAUCAUGUGGUUUCUCAAGGAAUUGAAGUUGUUGCUUGUUGCUCCAUGUGCGGCGACUAUCUACAGGAAGAGGUCUUUGGUGGCCCCUUUCCUUCGGGUAUUGAUAUUCAACGACAGCCAUUCUGCGAACAAUGCAUUCUCCAAGAAAGAGACAACUGUGACCCGUCUUCGAGUAACACUUUAAAACUUCCCGGUACAACAGAAGAUUUGGGAUCUGUGACACUGCCAACAGUUACAGAUACUGAAUUCUCUAUCAAAUAUAUGUCGACAAAAAUCAAUGCUCUUUUAGCAGAUCUCCAGAAAUACAAGAAUGCCGAGAAAAGUGUCGUGUUUUCAUACUGGACUAAAACACUUGACCUUGUGCAAAUGAUGCUGAGUGAUCAAGGAAUACGCUACACAAGAAUUGAUGGGACAAUGCCCCUUUCCAGAAGAAAUGAGGCUUUAGGUGCUUUCAAAAACGAAGAUACUGUCCGCGUAAUUCUUGUCUCAGUCACUUGUGGUGGGGCAGGUCUCGAUCUUACUACUGGGUCCAGAGCAUAUCUUCUCGAACCACAUUGGAACCCAAUGAUUGAAGAACAAGCUCUCUGUCGUGUACAUCGAAUUAGUCAGAAGCGUAAAGUUACUACAAUCAGAUAUUUGAUGCACAAUUCGUUUGAAGAGCAAAUUGUGGAACUCCAAAAGAGAAAGAAAAUGCUUGCAGAUGCUACGUUUAGUCAGAGUUGCAUCUCAGAGGCUGGCGUUGAUGUGGGUAUUUUGAAACACUUAAGAUCUGUCCUUGAGUAAUAUCAUAAGAGAGGUCUAAGAUUAUUACUUAGCUAUAGAAUCGCACCUUAUAAGAUUGUAUUAUCUAGUAAGAGUCAAAUUCAUAAUAUUGGGCCACAAAUUCGCUCUCGUCACGUUGGAAAAGUUUCUCUGCCGGGUUUGAUUACACUGCUCCACCAGUAAAUCGACUUAUAUACGUGGCGUGACUGGGAAAGAUACUAGAAAUAGCGAGGAAGUGGUAUAACUUGAAGAUAUAAAGACACUCGGAUCGCACAUAUAGGUGGCCUCUAGUAUCUAGUCAUUAGUUCCGCUUAUUAUCAAUUCCCGAAUUCCA